AUGUUGUUUAUGGUGAUAGUGAUUCAAAAAGUAGGGUUUUUAAAUCUAAACUACCAGAUUUAAUUUAAGAGGAAUGUAAUGUGCAAAAAUUUUUGUUUUUUGGUGAUUAAGAUGUGUCUCCUCAAGCAAAUUCUACAAUUUAGAGUAUCAUGCAACUAAAAUAGAGAGGAAAUCUAAAUUUUAAUGAGAGAAUUGAGUCUUUUAUCUUCUUAGGAGACUAUGGUUAUGAAUUUUACUAGAAUAAUGGAGAAAAAGGAGACUAAUAUUUAGAUGCUGUUUAAGAUAUUAUAGCUGAAUGGCCUACCAUAUUCACUCCUGGAAAUCAUGAAGAACAAUAUAAUUUUAAAUUCUUUAAUGAGAAGUUUCAAUUACCUAACUUCAAAUAAACUUAAAAUAAUUAUUUUUCCUUUAAUUAAGGGUAAGUUCAUUUUAUUGGAGUUAAUUUACAUUAUUUUAGCCAAUGGGCUGACAACUAAAAUAAGCUAAAAAUGUUAAAAUGGCUUGAAAACGAUUUAAUAAUAGCUAAUUAAAAUAGAAAUCAGACUCCUUGGAUUAUUGCAUUUGGGCACAAGCCAAUUUAUUGUGUAUAAAAUGAUGAUUGUUCUAUGUCACCUUUUAUUUAUAGAUAAAUUGACGAUUUAUUUUACAAUUAUACUGUUGACUUGUAUUUAGGAUCGCAUGUUCACUAUCAUGAAAUUUUAAAGCCAAUGUAUAGAGGGAGCAUUCAAGGUUAUGAGGGUAACCUAAAUGAUAUUAAAUACCCAUAAGGUAUGA